AUGGAAAACCCAGAAGCAAAUCAACUUCCUGAAGUGGAUUCAUUGCCAGAUGGCUUUGUUGAGAGUCCUUCAGAACCCUUGGCUCCAAAAACUCCAAUUUUGGAACAAGAAAAGCCUUUGCAGCUUGAUAAUAAAAAAGAUGAUUUGGUGUCCACUGAUUAUGGAGCAAGCAAGGACCAAAAGCAAAGAACUUUUCCUGUGCCAUUGUCUGAAGGGGAUGGUUUUGAUGGUUCUUUGGACUCUGUAGAAGGUAAAUUAAUUGGUCAUGAGUCAAGUGAUUCUGUUCCUGAGGCUGUUGAAGUUGGGGUACCAGAAUGCAGUGAGGUGAAAGGAGAAGCCAAAGGGGAGAGUCAAACUGCAGAAAUAUCAGUUGAAGGAGGAUGAGAAACUAAUUCUACUAAUUUGAAGGAAACAUCCGCAUCAGAUAGUGUGGAUUCACCGAAAAACAAAAAAUUAGAAACCACUGAAACCAAACGCAAGAAUGCAAAACGUACAUUCAAAUCUGAAAAGGAAUUUCUUGAGUUCUCUUUGAAAUAUCAACAAGUUCUUGCAGAGAGAGAUGCAGCUAUUGCUGUUCGAGAUAAACUUGAAUCACUUUGUCGGGAGUUACAACGUCAAAACAAAAUGUUAAUGGAUGAAUGCAAACGGGUAUCAACAGAAGGGCAAAACUUAAGAUUAGAUUUAUCAACCAGGUUCCAAGAUGCAAUCAAGGAUGUGAGCAAUAAGCUGGAAGAGCAGAAGGAUGAAUGUCUAUCUCAACUGAAGGAGAAUGAGAUGUUAAGAAAUAAUUUGAAGCAGCUUGCUGAUCAGUAUGCCCUCUCCGAACAACAAUAUGCACAGAAGCUAAAGCAAAAAACACUAGAACUACAGCUUGCUGAUCUGAAAAUUAAGCAACACGAAGAGAAAUUGAUCCAGGAACAAGUGCAGAUGAAAGUAUAUGCAGAGCAAGUGUCACAGUUAUUGGUGACUGAAAAGAAUUUACGCUUGCAGUUGACAGCUGACGGAGAAAAAUUUCAACAGUUUCAGGAUGCAUUGUUAAAGAGCAAUGAGGUCUUUGAAACGUUUAAGCAAGAGAUUGAGGAGAUGGCAAAAUCAAUCAAGGAACUCAAGAAGGAAAAUGUAUUCUUGAAGAGCAAAUGUGACAAAUCAGAUGUUACUCUCAUAGAACUUGUGGAGGAGCGUGAGCGAUUGAAGAAACAAUUAGAGAAGACAAAGAAUCAAAAAGAAAUGCUUGAAUCAUUGUGCCGAUCACUCCAAUCAGAGGAGAAGCAAAGCUCCAAUGGAGGCAACAGCUCCCACUCGGUCGCAGUUUAAAUGUAGACAUAUUUAAUCAAAUAUGAAUGCAUUUUGUGAUUAUUAUCUAAAUUUACGCUGCCUUAUUGUCUCUUCUUGUCGAGAGAAGUCCCAGCAGAUGGCAGAGCCGCAGAGCACAUUUUGGUAUUUGAGUCUUAACAACAUGCGUCCUCCCAGCAAUUAUUAUUGUAUUAAAGAUUACUCCGUUAGCCGGUGGAUUUCCGUGUCGGGAUAUAUGAUCACUUGAUGGAAGGAGCUGCCUUUUUCAAUUAAAGCUGGGCUUUUCUGUAUUGGGCCAAUCCCAUGAGAAAGCAAGACUGUCCAAUUUUGCAUUCAUAAAAAGUAAAUGUGUAUUGCUGAAGAUUCUUUGAAAACAGAAGGAAUGAUACCUUUGUUCUA